ACUUAUCAGCACCUCAGCUUCAGACAAGCCUGUUUAAGCGCUCCAACCCGCACUCUCAGCCUCUCAGCUCGCAACCUCAGAACCCCCAGUCCUCCUUUAAAGCCUAUCAGGAGCAGAGCUCUCCCUCAUUCAGUCAUGUUAGCCAAUCGAACCACUUCAUACAGAGCAACCCACAGCAUUCUUCUUCUGCUCCAGCCGCUAACGUGAUAGACUUCGCUAGGUACCUCGCCCGCAGAGAGUUGGUAACCACAGGGCUCACUAAAUUCGAUGACCAGCCUGAGAGCUACAGAGCAUGGGAGUCCUCUUUCCUUAACGCCAUUCAGGGCUUAGAGUUGACAGCCAGUGAAGAGCUGGACCUCCUGGUAAAAUGGCUGGGAAAGGAGUCAUCUGAACAUGUUAAAAGAAUAUGUGCUGUCCACAUCACCAAUCCUCACGCUGCUCUCGAAUUAGCCUGGAGAAGACUCCAAGAACGCUAUGCUACCCCUGAAGUGAUUGAGAAUGCUUUAUUCAAACGAUUGGACAAUUUUCCUCGGCUAACCUCCAAAGAUAACAUCAAGCUAAGAGAACUUAGCGAUCUGCUCUUGGAACUAUUCUCAGCCAAGCAGGAUGGCUAUCUACCAGGACUGAGCUACCUUGACACUCCUCGAGGGAUUAAGCCAAUCGUGGAAAAGCUGCCACCAAACUUACAGGAAAAAUGGCUGUCUGCUGGCUCAAACUACAAAGAACGAAUCAGACGUAGAACAGCAAAACAGCUCUCCUCCAGAAGUGACCUCCAGGUGCACCAAGGUCUGCGGUGAAGGUCUCCCACCAAGGUCCUGCGCCAAGAUAUGUGGUCCGGGUUUUUCCCCAAGGACAGCGAGAACGCUCAAUCAAGAUGUAUGCCAUCCUCGACAACCAGAGCAAUCGAUCACUGGCCAGGUCUGAGUUUUUUAAGCUGUUUGACAUCCAAGGGGACCAUACACCUUACCUGAUGAGGACCUGUGCUGGAACCACGGAAAUGACUGGGAGAAAGGCUGCUGGUUUUCAGAUCGAAGCAUUGAAUGAUGAAGUGUGUUUGGACUUGCCUCCGCUCAUUGAAUGUAAUGAAGUUACGAGCAACAGAUCGGAAAUCCCUUCUCCAGAGAUCGCUCACUCCCUUGCUCACUUGAGAUCCAUGGCACCUCACAUCCCAAAGAUCGAUCCUAAAGCACAGAUCUUAAUCCUACUGGGGAGAGACCUCAUACAAGUUCACAAGUUGAAACAAUCACUGGCCAUUCAGGAGAUUUUGAAGGAAGUAGAGGAGAACCAAAUGGAAAUGUCUGCUUGGCCUCUAACACAAACAGAGGAUGGGGUCAGAUAUUAUGCAGGACUAACAGAGAUUCUCAAAGCACUGACUGAGGUCCUUGUCAGGGAACGCUUAGAGAAGGAUAAAGUCACCCACGAAUACAAACAUAUUUAUACAACGACUCUUCAACAUGGGCUGAAAAUUCAACUUCUAUCCCUUGCUUCACGACAAAAGAACAUAGUGGGCAUCCUUCAAAGGCAAAUGGAUUUGGACCCCAAUGACGACUGGUCCUCCGCCAGAUCGUUGAGCUUCAUGCCCCGUUCAAGUACUUCCGUAUCCCUGAUCGUCAACCCGUGUGUACCGACCUCCGCCUGUUCUCCGACCGACCCUGCUUGGCCACCUGGCGCUCACCUUUGAGCCUCACCUCCAGGGCUGACUCCGAUGAGAGCCUCAGUGACCCGUGUCGCAUCAAGGGAGACCUACAUCCAAUUAGUUCAGCUGUUCAUCCUCAAAGUUAAAAAAAAAGUACUUUUGAGGCAUAUCUUUUCCAUCUGUGAGCUGAACCAUUUUAGUGGCUUUUGAAUAAUUGCACUGAACACAAUUCCCUUUGCUCACCCGUGCCAUUGAUAUACAAGGUUACAGAAUAAUAACCAUGAUGUGGCCUCGAUAGGGCUGUACGACGACAUAGUGUGACGUUGUGUUCAUGGGACUAACCCUAGAAAAAUGUUUGCAAAGAGAAGAAAAGGUACAGGCAUUACGAGUUGUCAUCCCUAACCGAAGGUUGUGUAAAACAGAAAUAAUAGUUGGUGUAUUUCUUCUUCUUUUCCUAUUGGCUUGUCCUGUUAGGGGUGGCCUCAGGGUGUGAUCUUUUUCCAUGUAAGCCUAUCUCCGGAAUCUUCCUCUCGAACACCGUCAGCCCGCAUGUCUUCCCUCACAACAUCCAUCAAGCUUCCCUUUGGUCUUCCUUUCACUCUUUUACCUGGCAGCUCCAUCUUUAUCAACCUUCUGCCAAUAUACUCACUCUCUCUCCUCUGGACAUGUCUCUUUGUCUCCAAAACAUCUAACUUUGGCUGUUCCUCUAAUGAGCUCAUUUCUAAUCCUAUUGAAACUGCUAACUCCUAGUGAGAACCUCAACAUAUUCAUUUUCCCCAUCUCCAACUCUUCUUCCUGUUUUCAUUGCCAUUGUCUCUAAUCAGUACAUCAUGGCUGGCCUCACCACUGUUUUGUGAACUUUUCCCUUCAUCCUAGCCUCUUCUGUCACAUAACACACUUUACACCUUCCGCCACCUGUUCCAACCUGCUUGGACCCAUUUCUUCAAUUCCUUGCCACACUCUCUCGAGGGCAGGACAUCCGCCAAGCUUAUUGUUUACUUGCGACAUUAGACGAGAGCUUGAGACACAGUCAAGAUCCGUACGUCCAAUGCCUCACCACCUUAACUCUCCCAUAUGCUCAGUAGGUCCAAUCCUUGAUCAUCCGUGUGGACACCUGCAAACACUGAAACUGAAAUUUGAAUGCGACACUGAUUUUAAAUGGAAUUAUUACACACUCCCAAACAUGUCUUUUUCUAAGCCCAAAGUGAAGCGAAAGGUCGGUGAUGAGCACAGACAAUUUCAGGAAAAUUGGGGAAUGCAAUAUUUCUUUGUUGAGCACAGGGACACCCUAAUGUGUCUUAUUUGCACUGAGAAAGUUUCAGUGCACAAGGAAUACAAUUUGAAAUGUCAUUACACAACUAGACAUGCUGAGGAGUAUGAAAACUACUGGGGAGAUAAGAGAGCCAACCAAGUUGCCAAUCUGGAAACAGGUCUACUGAGGCAACAAGAUUUCGUUAAGAAAGCAACCAAAGAGAAUAAUGCAGCAGUUGAAGCUAGCUACGUGGUCAGUGAGAUGAUUGCUAAAGCAGGAAAGCCAUUCACAGAAGGUGAAUUUGUCAAAAAGUGCAUGUUACAGGUUGCACAUAUUGUCUCUCCAGAAAAGAAAGGUCAGUGAAGCAACAUCAGCCUUUCUGCCAACAUUGUGGCAGAGCGCAUUUCUGACAUGUCAAGUGUGUGAGAAAGCAAAAUCUUUCAGUGUAUGUUCACUUUUGAUGAAACCACAGACAUCACAGACACUGCCCAGCUCGCAAUAUAUGUCUGUCAUGUUGAUGACAAUUUUGAAGCAAUUUACUGUUGUUUACAGUAAUUCUAAUGCAUGGUCAGACCACCGCUCAGGAUAUAUUUCACCAGCUGUGUGAUGCCAUUGAGAAUGCCGGUUUGCCAUGGAAGAGAUUUGUUGGAAUAACAACUGAUGGAGCUCCAUCAAUGACAGGGAGGAAAAAUGGGCCAAUGGCACUUGUUCAAAAGAAACUGGAAGAGGAAGGUGUGGAUGAGACGUUAACUCUGCAAUGCAUUAUCCAUCAGCAGGCCCUUUGCAGCAGAUGCUUGAAGUUUGACAAUGUGAUGUCGGUCGUUGUGAAAUGCAAUCAGAUCCAGGGGCUUAAAACACAGAAGGUUCGAUGCUUUUUUAGAGGAAAUGGAAUCAGAAGCUAAGGAUGUCCUCUACUUCACCCGGGGGGCCUUGGCUCAGCAGGGGUAAUGGAUUGUAGAGAUAUUUUAUUAGUUGAGAGCAGAAGUCAAAGCCUUCAUGAAGAAAGAUGGGGUGGCUGUUCCUGUGCUAAGUGAUCCCAAAUGGCACAUGGACUUAGCUUUUCUUGUUGAUAUCACACAUGAGCGUAAUGUACUGAACAAGAAAUUACAAGGCCAGGGGAAACUUGUCAGUGUUACCUAUGACAAUGUGCGGGCAUUCUGUACAAAACUUGUGUUAUGGAAAGCCCAGCUCUCUCAGACAAACAUUUGCCAUUUCCCUGCAUGCAAGACACUUGUGGAUUCAGGCACACCAUUCAGUGCUGAGAAGUAUGUUGAGGCCAUUUAAAGCUGCAGGAAGAAUUUGAUUACAGAUUUGCAGCCUUCAAGAUGCGCAGAGCAACAUUUCACAAUUUUUGCAGACCCCUUCUCCUUGGAUGUGCAAGAUGCCCCUCCUUUCCUUCAAAUGGAGCUCAUUGACCUGCAGUGCAACUCUGAACUCAAAGCCAAGUUCAGGGAGGUGAGUGGAGAAGAAGACAAGCCUGGGCAAUUUUUGAGAAUAUUCAAGCAGACCAUGUGCAUUUUUGGGAGCAUGUACCUGUGCGAAAAACUGUUUACCUUGAACUUCAAUAAGUCCAAGUACAGGUCCAGACUUACUAAUGAGCAUCUUCAAGCUCAACUGAAGGUUUCAACUGAUUUCUUCCUCAAACCAAAUGUGGCUCAGCGAUCUGAGAAGAAGCACUACCAGGUUUCUAGAAGUAAGUAGGCAAGCUCUACGUUCAGAACAGUUCAUGUUCAAUGUUCCAUUUAUGUCCAUAAAGUCAAAAGUAAAAGAACAGUUUAUUUGUACUUAAUUUAUUUUGAUUUUCCAUCCAUCCAUCCUUCCAUCCAUUUUCUACCGGUUUUCUGGGUUGGGUCGCGGGGGAACUAGCUUCAGCAGGGAUAACCAGACUUCCCUUUCCCCAGCCACUUCUUCCAGGGAUCCCGAGGCAUUCCCAAGCCAGCCGUGACAAAUAGUCUCUUCAGCGUGUCCUGUGUCCCCCCCGGGGUCUCUUUCAGGUGGGACAUGCCUGGAACACCUCACUAGGGAGGUGUCCGGAAGGCAUCCGAAUCAGAUGCUUCAGCCACCUCAUCUGGCUUCUCUCAAUGCUGAGGAGCAGCGACUCGACACUGAGUCCCUCUCAAAUGACCGAGCCUCUCAACUUAUCUCUAAGGAAGAGCCUGGACACCCAGCAGAGGAAACACAUUUCAGCAGCUUGUAUCCGGAUCUUGUUCUUUCGGUCACGACCCGCAGCUCUUGCCCAUUGGUGAUGGUAGGAACGUAGAUCAACUGGUAGAUUGAGAGCUUCACCUUUCGACUGAGCUCCCUCAACGAACCAAUACAAAGUCCACAUCACUGCAGAUGCUGCACCAAUCCGUCCUUCAAUCUCCCACUCCAUUCUUCUCUCACUCGUGAACAAGACCCCAAGAUACUUUGACUCCUCCACCUGGGGCACGAUCUCAUCCCCGACCCGGAGAGGGCAUGCCACCCUUUUCCAAUUGAGGACCAUGGUCUCAGAUUUGGAGGUGCUGAUUCUCAUCCCAGCCGUUUCACAUUCAGCUGUGAACCGCUCCAGUGAGAGCUGCAGAUCACGGCUUGAUGAAGCCUACAGAACUACAUCAUCUGCAAAGAGCAGAGCUGCAAUGCUGAGGCCACUAAAUCCAGACACACUCUAUGCCUCAGCUGCACCUAGAGAUUGUGUCCAUAAACGUUAUGAACAAGAUUGUUGACAAGUCCAACUUUCACUGGAAAUGAGUACAACUUAUUUUCGACAAUGCGAACUAAACUCUGACAACGGUCAUACAGGAACCGAACAGCUCGUAUCAGGGUGUUGGGUACCCUAUACUCGCGAAGAACCCUAAUCAGGACUCCCCGAGUGACACAGUCAAACGCCUUCUCCAACUCCACAAAACACAUGUAGAUUGGUUGGGAAAAUUCCCAUGCACCCGCGAGGAUCCUGCCAAGGGUGUAAAGCUGGUCCACUGUUCCACGGCCAGGAUGAAAACCACAUUGCUCCUCCUGAAUCUGAGAUUCACUUCCUGACGUACCCUCCUCUCUAGUACCCCUGAAUAGACCUUACUAGGGAGGCUGAGGAGUGUGAUCCCCUAUAGUUGGAACACACUCUCCGGUCACAUUCCUAAAAAGGGGGACCACUACCCCAGUCUGCCAAUCCACAGGCACUGUCCCCAAUGUCCACGCAAUGUUGCAGAGGUGUGUCAACCAGGACAGCCCCACACCAUCUAGAGCCUUUAGGAACUCCGGACGAAUUUCAUCCAUCCCCGGAGCCCUGCCACCAAGGAGCUUUUUGACCACCUCAGUGACCUCAACCCCAGAGAUACAAGAGCACACCUCAGAGCAGCACCCAGACUCAGCUUCCUCAUGGGAAGGCGUGUUGGUGGAAUUGAGGAGGUCUUCAAAGUAUUCUCCCCACGACUCACAAUAUCCCAAGUUGAGGUCAGCAGUGCCCCAUCCCCACUAUACACAGUGUUGACGGUGCACUGCUUCUCCCUCCUGAGAUGCCGGGCGGUGGCCCAGAAUUUCUUCAAAGGCGUCUUGAAGUCACUCUCCAUGGUCUCACCGAAUUCCUCCCACACCCGGGUUUUCCCUCAGUGACCACUCAAGCUGCAUUCCGCUUGGCCACCCGGUACCUAUCAGCUGCCUCAGGACUCCCACAGCCAAAAAAAGCCCGAUAGGACUCCUUCUUCAGGUUGACAGCAUCCCUCACUUUUGGUUUCCCCCAAUGUGUUCGUGGGUUGCCGCCACAACAGGCACCGACCACCUUACGAGUACAGCUCCGGUCGGCCGCCUCAGCAAUGGAUGCGCGGAAGAUCGUCCACUCGGACUCAAUGCCCCCCGCCUUCUUUCGGAGGUGACAGUUGAAAUUCAUUCUGACAGGGGAAUCUGCCAGCCGUUCCCAGCAGACCCUCACAAUACGUUUGGGCCUGCCACGUCGGACCAACAUUCCCCCACCAUCGGAGCCAACUCACCAACAAGUGAUGAUCAGUUGACAGCUCCACACCACUCUUCACCUGAGUGUCCAAGAAAUGCGGUCGCAAGUCCGAUGACACGACCACAAAGUCAAUCAUCCAACUGUGACUUUGGGUGUCCUGGUGCCAGGUGGACAUCUAGACACCCUUAUGCCUGAACAUGUUGUUCGUUAUGGACAAUCCAUGAGAGCACCGAAGUCCAUUAACAGAACACCAUUCGGGUUCUGAUCAGAGGGGCCGUUAUUCACAAUCAUGCCCUUCCAGGUCUCACUGUCAUUGCCCAACUGGGCAAUGAAGUCCCCCAGCAGAAUGUUGGAGUCCCCAGAGGGGGUGCUUUCCAACACUCCCUCUAAGAACUCCAAAAAGGGUGGGUACUCUGAACAACUGUUUGGUGCAUAAGCACAAACAACAGUUAGGACCCGUUCCCCUACCUGAAGGCGGAGGGAGGCUACCUUCUCAUCCAACCGGGUAAACCCCAACGUACAGGCCCCGAGCCAGGGGGCAAUAAGUAUGCCCACACCUGCUCGGCGUCUUUCACCAUGGGCAACUCCAGAGUGGAACAGAGUCCAACCCCUCUCAAGAGAAGUGGUGCCAGAGCCCAAGCGGUGCGUAGAGGAGAGUCCAACUAUAUCGAGUCGGAACUUCUCAACCUCACGCACCAACUCGGGCUCCUUCCCUACCAAAGAGGUGACAUUUCAUGUCCCUAGAGCUAUUUUCUGCAGCCAGGGAUCAGAUUGCCAAGGUCCCUGCCUUUGGCCACGGCCCAUCUCACAUUGCACCUGACCCCUAUGGCCCUCUCACAGGGGAUGAGCCCAUAGGAAGGGGGACCCAUGUUACCCUUUCGGGCUGUGCCCAGCUGAGCCCCAUGGGUGCAGGCCCGGCCAAUAGGGGCUCGCCUUCGAGCCCCACCUUCAGGCCUUGCUCCAGAGGGGGCCCUGGUGACCCGCAUCCAGGCAAGUGAAACCAAGAUCCAAUUUCUGUACUCGCCAUAGGGGUUUUGGAGUCAUACUUUUUCUGGUUCCUCACGUAGGACCUGUUUUUCUGUAUCACACAAAUAAAUCGUUAAAAAAAUCAUACAUUGUGAUUUCUAGAUUUUUUUUUUUUUAGAUUAUCUCUCUCACAGUGGACAUGCACGUAUGAUGAAAAUUUCCGAACCCUCCAUGAUUUCUAAGUGGGAGAACUUGCACUAUAGCAGGGUGUUCAAAUACUUCUUUUCUUCACUGUAUGUGUAUCUCUAGACCAGAAUUAAUAAAAUAUGUAAACAUGUAUCAUAUUUUACACAUUUGAGACUAAGAUUACAAUAGUACACAUAUUUACAUAAAUCUUGAAUUAAAAAACCUUUGUUAAUCUUUCCUGCAACAGUUGCCUGACCUUGCUCGGAAACGCAGGGGAGACACCUUGGUGGCGGGAACAAUAAUGCUACGAAUCAGCGGUUUGCUGCUCGUAAGGGGUUAUUAGAGCCGUUUCGCACUCAACAUCAAUACUAUACAGUACUCCUCCCCGGUUGCCCUGUAAACUGUACUCACACUCGGCUAGGUUUCCACACGCCUGCAGAAUAUAUAUAUAUAUAUAUAUAUAUAUAUAUAUAUAUACACACACACACACUUGUACUUCGCACAUCCAUCCAUCCAUUCUCUGAGCAGCCUUUGCUCACAAUGGUCAGGGGAUGUACUUGGGAAAGUUCCAGUGAUCUAUUAAAGAUCUCAGUGAAGACUGGAUCGAGGUGGUCUGUGCAGACAUUGAGACAGGAUGGGUCGUAAGGUCUGGGCCAGCCACUUUGUUAAUCAUCUGUUGUCAUAAGAUGCAUCCCACAUCCUGUUCAUGGAUGGUUAACACACAAGUCAGAGGUGUGAUUGUGGUGGUUGGUGCAGCUUGGUGGGUGUGGGGUGUGAAAGUGUCUUUUUCAAAUCUGCAGUAAAAAGAUGUUAAAGUCAUCGGCUAGCCUGCCAUCACAUCAGUACUUUGCAUUUGUACUGACUUUUAGCUCUUUCUCUGCACUGUUUUCUUUUAUAAUUUGGAUUGUUGUUUUUUCCCCCCAUCUCUCAAUGUUUUUUCUUGUACAAACUUCCCAUUUGUUCACACUUGGGGCAAGAGCACUGGGCUGGAUUGAAACCUACACCAUUAUAUGGUGGGAGGUGCUCCCAGCAUGCUUUGCAGCAUUAAGGCUGUAAAUGGCAUUUAAAGUACGUUUUGUGUCAAUUAUUUCUUCAGUCAUUUUUUAUGUUAUAUUAUUUGCUAGUUAUGCUAUUCUGUUUACUGUGGUGUGAUCAUUUUAAUUUCAAGAUGACACCGUGAGUGUGAACAACAUGUUGACUAAUGACUUGCCUACACUGUCAGCACAUGGGUGAAUGUAGGCUUCUUUUGCUUAUAAAUGUAAACCUGCUAUUUAGCCUCACUGACUCUUGAUUGCAUUCUAGCUAACACAUACGUUAGGUUGCAUGUAGACAUCUACAGUAUGUAUUUGGUUGUAGUUAAAUGAAAUUGUCACUCAAAACACAUUUACAGCUUUUAGAACUUGGUGCAUACAUAAGUUGUUGUAUUAUAAUGUGAGAAAAUUUAAGACUUAAGUAUCUUAUGGUCACAAAAAUAUGGUACUUAGUAAACAUGGGUGUUUUAAAAUUGCAUCAAUUAUUUGCAGCUUUUUGGGAUUCAGGAACGUAACUCCCAUGAAUAAUAAGGUAACAUACUUUUAAAAAAUCUAUAUAAAUCAAUCCCAUAAUGACAAAGUAAAAAUUUUCAGACUGUUUUUUACAAUAAAAUGUAUUGAAAAUAGAACUAAGAACAGAAUAGGUAUAUAAGUAUUCAUGCCCUUGUCUUAAUAUUUUGUUGAAGUACCUUUGGCAGGAAUCAGAGCCUUCAGCCAGUCUUCUUGAGUGUGUCUCUGACCUUGGCACACCUGUUUUGGGGCGUUUUCAUCCAUUCUUCUCUGGAGAUCCUCUAGAGGUCUAUGAGUUUGGAUGGGGAGUGUUGGUGGAUAGCCAUUUUUAGGUCUUUCCAGAUAUGAUCAAUUGGAUUCAAGUUGUGCCACUCAAGGACAUUCACUGACUGCUCUUGAAGCCACUGCUUUGUUAUCUUGGCUGUGUGGUUUGGCUCUUUGUCAUGUUGUAAAGUGACUGGACACCCUAAUCUUAAUUCAACAGGUCUCUGGAGCAAGUUUUAAUGAAUUGCUUUUUUAUAUUUGGAACCUGCCAUCUUACUUACUUUCUAGAUUAGUCACCCAGGUCCUGUAAUUUUUACCUGCUACGUGCUGACAUCUGGUGCUGAAAUACAUUGUAGAUGUUUCAUUUGAUUCUUCUUCUUCUUUUCCUUUCAGUUUGUCCCGUUAGAGGUAACCACAGCAUGUCAUCUUUUUCAAUGUGCACCUAUCUCCCGUAUUUCCCUCACAACAUCCAUCAAUCUUGUCUUUGGUCUUCCUCUCGCUCUUUUGCCUGGGAGCUCCAUCUUCAGCGCCCUUCUACCAAUAUACUCACUCUCUCAUCUCUGGACAUUUCCUAACUAUCAAAGUCUGCUCUCUCAAACCUUGUCUCCAAAACAUCCAACUUUGGCUCUCCCUCAAAUGAGGUCAUUUCUUAUCCUAUCGAAGCUGCUCUCUCCUAAAGAGAAUCUCAACAUCUUCAUUUCUGCCCCCUCCUGCUCUGCUUCCUGCUAUUUCUUUCGUGUCACUGUCUGUAAUCCACACAUCAUGGGUGGAUGCACCCCUGUGUUAUAAACUUAACCCCCAUCAUAGCAGGACUCUGUCACAUAACACACUCACUCUCCCCCCUCCACCCCUCUCAUUCACACAUGCAUCUUCUGUUUUAUUUUGGCUAAUCUUCAUUCCUCUCCUAUCCAAUCCUUGCCUCCAUUUUCAAAUUGUUCCUCCACUUGCUCCCUGCUUUCACUGCAGAGCACAAUGGCAUCUGCGAACAUCAUGGUCCAAGGGGAUUUCAGUCUAACCUCAUCUGUCAGUAUACCCAUUACCACAGUAAACAGGAAGCAGCUCUGAGCUGAUCCCUGAUGCAGUCCCAUCUCCACCUUAAAGUGCCACUGACAGCCAAAUAUACAUUUUAAAAUAGAUAUUGUUAUGCAAACUACAUAUAUUAUUCACUUCAAUGUCUAUACGAAAAAAAAAAAUGAGCGGAGAGCGUGUCAUUAUUGCCCAGUGUUGCUGAGGUAUCACUCAACAUCCCAGUGGCGUCCACAUUCCCUGCAACGUCAUUUGCAGAUGUCCCACUGGGACAUUCACCAUUGAAAACAAGCUGUGCCACCUCCUAUGGGAGAUGAGCAAGACAGAUUUUCAGAUUUUUCUGACACCCCUUCUGAGAUUGAAGCUCAUUUCGAAGAAGAGAACAUCUCAGAAUUGAGUUAAGUGUCCGGGACAAUAUUACCCUGUCGUUUUGUGACUUAUUUAGAUGAUAUGCGGAUCACUUCUAACGAACAACAGACUCCCCGACAGACGGACAAGGAGCCUGAUGAAAUAUUCAAAAUGACGGGCCUAUAAUUGUUCGAUUUCCUAACUCGUUUACAAGUCUUGUGUAUGUAGCGUACUCAGGAAGACCCAUGCCGGACGAAGUAACUACUUCAGGAGUGCCCAGACACCGGCGGACGGUUGUAGGGGGACCUCCUUUCUCCUCCCCGCACCCGGCCAAAUCACCUCCCCGCCCGAUCCACCCCUGGGUUGGUGCUAAUGCUGGCUGCCGGCGAACGACAACAACGCCGCCCGCUGGCAAGCGAGAACGCUGGCCCGCGCACAUCAACACAUUUAGCACCCUGACUUACGUACUUUAUGAAAUAAUUAUGACGCGGAUCUUUUGUUAACGUUCUGAGACAAGGAUUACAUCGUCGGACUUUGAUUAUUGCUGCUUUUGGACAAGUUGUUCGACCAUGGUGCCUAUAUGUCGUUUGGCUAGUUACCUUGUGUUACAUGCUACUAAACUGUCUUUGUACUUCUGUUAUUGUUUUGUGUUGUAUCAUAUUGUGUGUGAUUAAAUUGUCUUAAACGCAAUACAAAUGCUUUAUUAUAUGUUGCCAGUUUGACCGAGGGGAUUUAUUCUAAAUUAUCAUGUAACAUGCUAUAAACUGACAAAUCAGUUCCCCCAACUAUUUUUUUUAAUAGCUCUAUACACACACCUACCUGUCAUUUAAAACCCACAAAGCUUUCGGCCUUUGCACCUGUGCAAUCCAUUUUUCAAGACGAACUGGGUGUUUUGGAAAAGGGUGAAGAGUGAAUACAUCCUCCUGAGUGUUCGAUCAAAAUCCAGCAAUACAACGAGCUGGCAUUUUGGCUAACACGCUGAAAAAAACAGGUAAUUUCUCGUCGAUACAAUGGGUAUAAACCAUAUAAACACUUGACCCCAAUACUGCAAAAAACGUCACUUCCUGGUUCUUCCUCAACACAAAUCCUAAAGAGACUUUCCCUGGCGGGAGAUGAAAAAAAACGAAAUAAGGCAACAUUCUGACUUGCUGAUCUCCUUGGCUGUAGUAGUGCAGUCUUCAGGGAACACUUCCUUUCCAUCGAGAGCCUGUCUCACCUCCUUCCAAAAGGCCACACAACAUUCUUCCUUUCUUAGCUUCCACCACAUGGUUCUCUGCUCUACCUUUGUCAUCUUAAUCUUCCCACCCACCACUACAGUCAUCCCACACACCGCCGCCCUAUGCUGUUGAGCUACACUUAUACCUACCACUACCUUACAGUCGGCAACCUCCUUCAUAUUACAUCGUCUGCACAAACAAUCCACCUGCGUGCUUCUACCUCCGCUCUUGUAGGUCACCCUAUGUUCCUGCCUCUUCUGGAAAAAAACUGUUCACUACUGCCAUUUCCAUCCUUUUUGCAAAGUCCCCCACCAUAUGUGCCUCAAAGUUCCUUUACUGGAUGCCGUACUUACCCAUCACUUCUUCAUCACCCCUGUUUCCUUCACCAACAAGUCCAUUACAAUCUGUACCAAUCACAACGCUCUCUCUGUCUGGGAUGCUGAGAACUACUUCAUCUAGUUCAUAGGUUUCAAACUCUGGCCCACAGACCAAAUUUGGCCCGUGGUGUUAUAUUUUAUAUUUGGUCCACGAGGCAAUAUCAAAUUCAUAUUAGAGCUGGUCCGCCAAUACUACAAGUAUUACACAUUUGUUUGGUUUGAUAUUAAAAGGUUCAUUUGUGGAACCUUGGCCCGCGGUUUUGUUCAAUUUAAAAUUUUGUAAAAUUAUAAAUUUCAGUUUGACACCCCUGAUCUAUUUCCUCCCAGAAUUUCUCUUUCAACUCUGGAUCACAUCCUACCUGUGGGGCAUAGACGCACACAUUAUACAUUAUACAUAACACCCUCAAUAUCGAGUUUCACCCACAUCACUCAAACUGAUAAUCUUUGCACCUCCAAGAUAUUCCAAGCCAGCUCUUCCUUUAAUAGAACUCCUACUCAAUUUCUCUUCCCAUCUACUCCAUGGUAAAAUAAUUUAAACCCUGCUUCUAAACUUCUGGCCUAAAACUACCUUUCCACCUGCUCUCUUGGAUGCACAAUGUAUUAACCUUUCUUUUAAUCAUCGUCAACCAACUCCUGGGCUUUCCGUCAUUGUCCCAACAUUCAAACUCCCUACACUCAAUUGGAGGCUCUGUGCUUUCCUCUUCUUCUGCCAACGAAUCCGGUUUCCUCCUUUUCUUUUUCUUCGACCUACAGGAGCUGAAUUUCCACCGACACCCUGCAGGUUAACAGUGCUGGGGGCAGGCAUUGUUCACCUGGGCCACAACCGAUUCGGUAUGGUAUUCUAACCUCUUCUACGGCCAAUUGAGGUAGAUUCUUCUUCCACAGCAAAAUAAUAGAUAUAGAACAUAUAUAAUCUCAUAGUAGGUGUUUUAAAACUGCAUCCAUAAUUCACGGAUUUUUGGGAUUCACAGGAGUGGGGGGAUGUAACCCCCACGAAUCAUAAGGGAACACUAUUCCAAAAAAGGUUACAGAAAAGGUGUAGAUGUUUGGCGAUGGGACUUUACGAAAAGGGCCCGUGUGUGUGUUUUCUCGUGGCCACAGAAGUUUUAAGUCACACCUACAAUCCAUCCAUCCAUUUUCUGUGCCGCUUAUCCUCACAGUGGUUGCAGGAGUGUCAGCUAUGCCAGCUAUCAUCGGGCAGGAGGCAGGAUACACACUAAACUGGUUGCCAGUCAAUCGCAAGGCACAUGGAGACAGUUGCACACACAAUCACACCUAAGGGCAAUUUAGAGUCUCCAAUUCAUGCAUGUUUUUGGGAUGUGUGAGAAAACCCACGUAGGCACGGGGAGAACAUGCAAACCCCACACAGGCGGGGCUGGGAUUUGAACCUCGGUCCUCCGAACUAUGAAGUCAACUCUAACCAAGUUGCGUCACUGUGCAUCCACUCCUACAAUCUCCAGAUUGGCUCGCAGACAGCCUAGUGGUUUAUUACCUUUUCAUCCCUGUGAGUCUAUGAAAACAUCUUUGUUUGUGUGGUAAUAGUUUAAGACGACUGUUUAUUCUUGUGAUUUAGCUGAUCACACUACAUUUGAUGACCAAUUUGUGCAGAAAUUUUGGAAAUUUCUGAAGGUUUCACGUCCUUUUUCCUCUCACUGUAUACUGAAUGAACCCCUGUGAGAAAACCAACGCCCUACUAGAUUGAAAUGUAAGCAAGUCUUAAAGCACAAGCAAUACUGGAGGAAAAAAAGAAAUGCUCAUUUAGUAUAGCCUCAGUGCUUGUGGCAUAUCACGGAGGUUCUGAAAAUCCCAAACCCAACCAGAUGAAGAAAAAAAAUGGCAGUACCAUACAGUUAAUGUACAAAAUUAAGCAUUCUAUUAUUAAUUGUUAGAUUAAAAUUCAUAUUGUGGUAUUUUACAAAAGAAAAUGUUAUCCUAAAACAUUUCUUGCACCGCAAAUAACAGGUCUCUGCUCUUCCUUGCCGAACAGUAGCCCAGAGGCACGUACACCAGCUCAUUAGGAAAUUAGAAAUACUGUAGUGGGCUUUGUAAUCAUUGUCUAGUUCUCAGACAUGGUUCUGAUCUCAUUUGACCAGCCCUGGGUUUUCAUGUUCUCUAUUUGGGAAUCUUUCCUUAAUAGUUUUUUUCACAAUUUGGUGGUGUAAACGAAUUUCCCCUUAUUUUGCUCUCAUUUGCCAGGGCAUGCUCCUAGAGAAAACUUUCUCUCCACUUCACAGACCUGAAUCAAGAUACUCUGAGGCGGCGGUACAACAUUGCAACACUAGUUCAAUUCAGGAAACAGAGACCACAGGUCUGUUGUCAGUAACUGCUGACGUGGUUCAUUCUGACUGCUCCACUGACAUUCUGUCUUUGACACUUCCUUUCAAGCAACUCAAAAUGUUUAGACUGUUAACUAUUAAGCAACCACUGAUGUGAAAAUUUCAGUAUGUCAGCUCUAAAUCAUGUCUCCCUUUUGGAGGUUACAUUGACUGUUGCAUUAUGAUUGUAGCUUUUCUCUUAGAUCACAUUUUAUAGAUUUUUUUUGUAUCUUACAGUGUCAAUAAGCCUGAAUCAUCUAAUGAAAAUCAAGACAAUCCAUUUGAUAGCUGAUGAAGAGUUGAUACCAAAUGCUAUACUCGACAGCUACUGGGAUAUUCUCCUACAGAGUAACCCACAAUUAGGAUGUCUCCUGUCCACGAUGGAGCUGCAGACAUAGCAGACAAGACACAGAGUCGUUCUGUCUAAACUUUCUUCACACAUGGGGGACUUUCCCUGUUGGUUUGCCUCCCAGGGUGGUGUUUUACCAAGAGACAUCUUUCAAGAAUGAAAAUAAGAUGUGGCUGCUACAUACAUAGAUUGAGACACAGAUGCUUCCUGUUUCUUCUGUGUCUGAUGGCAGUGUGUUUCCUCAAGCUGGUCUACCCCAACAUCACAGUGAGGCAGGGUGUCUUUAUUCACCCUUCUGGAUUCACUGACAGGCUGUCUGGAGUUCACAACCACACGUAUGAUGUCAACUGCACCGCCAUCUAUGAGCUUGACCCUGUGGAAAUUGGCAAAGCUCUUGAGAUUAAAAAAAAAGUAAUUGUUGCCGUGGUUGAUGAGACCACUGUGAGUCUAACCUCAGACUGUUCAUCAUUUAUGAAAACAAGACGUUAUGACGGUGUUCAGAUAUCAGAGAUAGAGCGCAACUUUCCCCUGGCUUACUCCCUUGUGGUGCAUAAAAAUGCACCCAUGGUGGAGCGUAUUCUUCAUGCCAUCUAUGCACCUCACAACAUCUACUGCAUUCACUAUGACCAAAAGUCUUCUCCAGCAUUCAUUCAGGCCAUAGAGAACCUCGCUCAGUGUUUGCCUAAUGUGUUUGUUGCCUCAAAACUGGAAUCUGUUAAAUACGCCCAUAUCAGCAGACUUAAUGCCGAUCUCAAUUGCCUCUCUGACCUACUGAAGUCAGAGGUCAAAUGGGAGUAUGUGAUCAAUCUCUGUGGCCAAGACUUUCCUCUCAAGUCCAACUAUGAAUUAGUGAGGGAACUCAGGAAGCUGAAUGGCAGUAACAUGCUUGAGUCCAGUCGCCCCAGUGAACUGAAGAAACAGCGUUUCAGCUUUCAUCAUGAGCUAAAGAACGUGCCAUAUGAAUACCAGCGUAUUCCUGUGAAAACUGCUUUGGUUAAGGAUGUUCCUCCGCAUGGAAUCAUGGUGUUCAUUGGGAGUGCAUAUUUUGUCCUGUCGCGGGAGUUUGUGAAUUACGUAAGCAGCAACAAAGUGGUGAAGGACUUUCUGGCAUGGUCUGCAGACACUUACUCACCUGAUGAACACUUCUGGGCCACCCUCGUCAGGAUGCCAGGGGUGCCAGGACACAUUACAAGGUCAGAACCUGAUGUUACUGACUUAAAGAGUAAGACGCGACUUGUUAAAUGGAACUAUUUAGAAGGAAAUUUAUAUCCACCCUGUACAGGUACACACAUGAGAAGUGUCUGUAUCUUUGGAGCUGCAGAACUUCGUUGGCUCCUCAACGAUGGUCAUUGGUUUGCUAACAAAUUUGACCCUAAAGUUGACCCAAUCCUGAUCAAGUGUUUGGAGGAGAAGCUGAUUAAACUGCGGCAUUACGUGUAAAUAUUAAACUAAACUUUAAUGGACUGAACUUUAUACCUUUGGUGAAAGUAUGCCUUUCGAUUCUUAAAACUACUAUAACUCUAAAUGUUCUUGUCAUGGAUAGUUUCUCAGAGAAUUUAAGUUUCUAAUGGAACUUUCUGUAUAUAGUGCUGUCCCCUAUUCGGGAUCUAUUGGUUCAUGUGUCUUGUGUGUGACAGUGAUCUUUCUGGAGCCAAUAUGAACAUGGGACGCUUCAUUUUGAAUUUCAUCUAAAAUCCAAGGGCUAUGCACAGAAAUAUUAAAGGAUGCAUGUCUCUUUUUGGCAUUCAUUCCCUCUUUUAACACUUGGACAGUGUUACACUGUCAUCAGUGUAGGUAAAGAUGAGCUAAACAAUUAUAUACAUUCAUGGUACCGUAUACUGGCAGAUUUUGCUUUCAAAGUUUUUUUUUUUUCCAUGAUGUACCACAUUGUUACGAACAUAAGGUGCACUUACAAGUCUUACAUUUUCUCGUAAAUAGACAAGUCACCUUAUUACACGGCACAACUUAUGUGGGCACUGAGUUCUAAAAUCAGAAAAUGUUGCGUGACUAGUCCAAUGAAGUACAACUGAAAACACUGGAUACAUUGUUAGCAUGCAUGCUAGUGUGUGUGUUUUAGUAUGUAUAUAAGGUACCGUAUCUUGGUGCUCAUGAGGCAAUGAGGAACAAUUUAAAUGCUACUUAUGUAAACAGAAGGAGCUUUGGUUCCCCCACACACUGACAGUGUAGGUUAGCCUUUAGUCAACAUGUUGUUCACACUCACAGUAUUAAAACUAAAAUUAUCACACGACAGCAAACAGAAGACCAUAACUACCCAAAAAUAAACCAAAUAAAACAAUGACUGAAUCAAUAAGUGACACAAAACAUUUAAACGCUAUUUACCUCCUUA